GAAUGAGCAGAAAAGGAAAAAUUCCUUCGGCAACCCUGAAAAUGCCUAUGUUACGUCCUUCUAUUCUCCAGUAGGCUUGCCAGCUAAUCUAGCUAGCUCUCAGAGUUUGCGGUUUAGCAUUAGUGGAAUAUGUUGUCAUAAUAUGUCCCUUCUCCCACAACCUACGUUAUCUUUUUUUUCAAGAAGAUGUCCAUUGGAGCGCACGAAAGUGUUAGCCGUGUUGGCUAACUAGCUAAAGUUGGAUUGAGAGGGCCUUGGCGGCGCCAUUUUGAAUCCAGCAUCUUAAAUUAAGGCUAGUCGUCCACACGCAUUUAAGAUUCGAUGCAACCGCAGAAUCAAAUGAUGAUGGUCAGAGGAAGCUGCUUCGUCGAGAAAAUGUGCCAUCAAAUGAUUUUUCUUCACAACUUUUGGGAGAGUAGUUUUUGUCUAUGUCCCGGUGCUGCAUCCAGGCGGCCUUUUGUUCGGGAGUGGCUGGCGGGUUUCACAACAAGGCCGGUGUGGUGGCUUUUCAACCAAUGUGGCUGUUACCUAUGGAUGGAUCAGUGGACUUCAACACCCCUGAUGGCGAUCCUAUGAGGCAAAUCUUCAGUCUUUUAGUGAAUGGGCAAUUUAAGAUCAACAAUGCCUCAAUCAAAAUGGCGUGGUCUCAAAAUGGACGCUUAGAUAAUCCACUCUCACAGAGAGGGGGUGUUUGGCCAUCCAUAUUAGUUUUUCUGGUGAAUCUCCAUUCCAUAUGGACAAUUCCCCUUCACGAAAUCCUGUUUUGUGGCGUUGUAAAGAACUCUUGAGCAAACAAGGAAGCGUGGUGCAACGAUGGAGGCAACGCUGCUUCAGAUGGCGACCCCCUGUGUACCUGUGGAUCGUUUCUGGAGAGCUUUUGGAGGCGCAGAUGGCAAGAAUACUGUGGGCAAUAUCGCCUAAACAGCUUCCAGAUAAGUGGCAGCAUGACAUGUUUGACAACGGCUUCAGCGGCUUCAAUGGCACUGCUGGGGGUGGCGGAGGAGCUGGUGUGGAAACUGGAGGGAAGCUCCUUGUCUCCAAUCUCGACUUUGGGGUCUCAGAUGCCGACAUUCAGGAACUUUUUGCUGAAUUUGGAACGCUGAAAAAGGCUGCAGUUCAUUAUGACCGAUCUGGAAGGAGCUUGGGAACUGCUGAUGUACACUUUGAAAGGAGGGCGGAUGCACACAAGGCCAUGAAACAGUACAAUGGCAUCCCACUUGAUGGGCGACCAAUGAACAUACAACUCGUCACAUCACAGAUAGACACACAGAGACGGCCUAUGCAGGGGCUAAACAGAGGUGGUGGGGGCAUGAACAGAGGUCGUGGGGGUGGAUUUGGAGCCAUGCAAAGAGGUCGAGGAGGACGUGGUGCUAGCGGUUCAAGAGGAAGAGGUCGAGGAGGACGUGGCGGGAGCGGUGGUGGCACCAGCAAGCAGCAGCUAUCGGCAGAAGAACUUGAUGCUCAGUUAGAUGCCUACAAUGCUAGAAUGGACACCAGCUAAAUUAAAGCUCCUCCGGAUUGUCGUCCUUCCUGGCUGCACAAGGGUCGUUGAAGAAAUGUGCAGAACAUUUUACACUUGGUUGUCUAUUUGUGUGAUGGAAGUUAUUGUUCCAACUUCUUUUAAAUGCUCUGUGUUUUUUACCUUUUUUUUUUCUUCUUCAUGAAAAUGGUAUUGGCUGUAGGUUAAUGUGAGUUGGGUUUUCCCAGUCCUUCCCUCUACCCUGUCGUUACUGAGACUUGUAAUAAACCUGCAGUGCAUAUUAACCAUAA